UUUACUUUACUUUACUUUACCUUACUAUGUUAAUCCUCGAGUUCAGCAGCCAAUGAAAGCCUGCGCAAAUCCCGCGUGCACCCGCGCGGGGUCGCUGCAGCCCCUCCCUCUCUCUCUCCGCGGAUCCGGUCAGAGUGUUUACGGAAGUGACGCCUGACGUGACGUGUCAUUUUCCGCACAGGCAUUAUGAGGAUCCAGCAAUGAAGAACCCGAAAAAUGAUGAAAGUCGCUUUUAGAGCACAAAUGCCGUAAAACACCGGCAGGUAUCCGCGGGGUUAUGGUGCUGUGACGCGGCUUCCGGUGUGUGUGAGGCUUGAUCUGCGCUGGAGCCGAACAGCGCGCUCGGUUUGCGGGAUUUAUCGGUGAUUUAUUGGUGAUUUAUCGGCGAUUAAUGAGCCUGAAGAUGUCCACGAGCAGUCCAGAGGCGGUGAAGAAGCUCCUGGAGAACAUGCAGGCGGAUCUGCGCUCUCUGUCCAUGGAGUGCAAGAAGAAAUUCCCUCCAGUCAAAGAGGCUGCAGAGUCCGGCAUCGUGAAGAUCAAAACCAUCGCAGCCAGAAACACAGACAUCCUGGCAGCGCUGAAGGAGAACAGUUCUGAAGUGGUGCAGCCGUUCCUCAUGGGCUGCGGGACCAAAGAGCCCAAAAUCACACAGCUGUGCCUCGCCGCCAUACAGAGACUGAUGUCACACGAGGUGGUGUCUGAGGCGGCGGCGGGAAACAUCAUCAACAUGCUGUGGCAGCUGAUGGAGAACGGCCUGGAGGAGCUCAAACUUCUGCAGACGGUGCUCGUGCUGCUCACCACCAACACCAUCGUACAUGAUGAAGUGCUGUCCAAGGCCAUCGUUCUGUGUUUCCGUCUGCAUUUCACCAAAGACAACAUCACCAACAACACGGCGGCCGCCACCGUCAGGCAGGUGGUGACUGUGGUGUUUGAGCGGAUGGUGGCCGAGGACGAGCGCUUUAAAGGUCUGAAUGAAGAGCCUCCUGCUGUUCAGGGAAACUGUAACCGGCGCUCCGUCAGCACCCUGAGACCCAGCGCUAAAGACGCAUACAUGCUGUUUCAGGAUUUGUGUCAACUGGUGAACGCUGACGCCCCCUACUGGUUAGUAGGAAUGACUGAAAUGACCCGCACGUUCGGCCUGGAGCUGCUGGAGUCGGUAUUAAAUGACUUUCCUCAAGUGUUCCUGCAGCAUCAGGAGUUCAGUUUCCUGCUGAAGGAGCGUGUGUGUCCGCUGGUCAUCAAGCUGUUUUCUCCUAAUAUUAAGUUUCGUCAGGGCAGCAGUUCCAGCUCUGCGUCUCCGGCGCCGGUGGAGAAACCCUAUUUCCCCAUCUGCAUGCGGCUGCUCCGGGUCGUCUCCGUGCUGAUCAAACACUUCUACAGCCUCCUGGUAACAGAGUGUGAGAUCUUCCUCUCUCUGCUGGUGAAGUUUCUGGAUGGAGAGAAGCCGCAGUGGUUGAGAGCCGUGGCUGUGGAGUCUGUGCACAGACUGUGUGUUCAGCCACAUUUACUACGCUCUUUCUGUCAGUCGUAUGACAUGAAGCCACACUCCACUAAAGUCUUCAGAGAUAUCGUCAACGCUCUGGGCUCCUUCAUCCAGUCACUCUUCAUCCUCCCCAGCGCAGGAAACACUUCAUCUACCAGCACACCUGCAGGAGGCUCAGUGUCCAGCUCUCAGGCGUCUGGUCCGGGAGGUCCAGGCUUGACCGGUGCAGGCGGAGCUUUGACCACACAGGCUGCAUUUGAGUACCGUGGCACCUGGAUCCCCCUCAUGAACGUCAGCGUACAGGGCAGCGCCAAAGCCACCUAUCUGGAGAUGCUGGAUAAAGUGGAGCCGCCCUCCAUCCCUGAGGGUUACGCCAUGUCUGUGGCCUUCAGCGCGCUGCUGGAUCUGGUCAGAGGAAUCACCAAUAUGAUCGACAGAGAGCUGCUCAGACAAGAACAGCAGGAGGCCAUGAGGGAGGAGGAGGAGCCUGUUUCACCUCCUGCCCAGGAGCCCCUGGCUGCUGAGGUCUGGCAGGAGAUGGUGAACGCCUGCUGGUGUGGUUUACUAGCGGCUCUUUCUCUGCUGCUGGACGCCAGUACGGACGAGACGGCGACGGAAAACAUCCUGAAGGCGGAGCUGUCGAUGGCGUCUCUGUGUGGUCGUCUGGGUCUGGUGACGCCUCGGGACGCCUUCAUCACAGCCGUCUGUAAAGCAUCUCUUCCUCCACAUUACGCCCUCACCAUCCUCAGCAGCAGCGCCAGCAGCCUCACUAACAAGGUGUACUCUAUCCAGGGUCAGAGUGUGCAGAUGGUGAGUCCGUCCAGCGAGUCUCAUCAGCAGGUGGUGGCAGUGGGUCAACCGCUCAGUGCUCAACCACAGGGCACAGUCGUGCUCACAGCGAAGAACAUCCAGUGCAUGCGGACUCUGCUGAAUCUGGCUCACUGUCACGGGGCUCAUCUGGGCACCUCCUGGCAGCUGGUGUUGGCCACACUACAGCAUCUGGUGUGGAUUCUGGGACUGAAACCGGCUCCCGGUGGAGUCCUGAAACCCGGACGGGCCGUGGAGGGUCCCAGCACGGUUUUGACCACAGCGGUGAUGACUGAUCUGCCCGUCAUAUCAAACAUCCUCUCCAGACUCUUUGAAAGCUCACAGUAUUUAGACGACGUCUCUCUGCAUCACCUGAUAAACGCGCUGUGCUCUUUGUCAAUGGAGGCGAUGGAAAUGGCUUACGGCACCAACAAGGAACCAUCCCUGUUUGCGGUGGCCAAACUCUUGGAGACUGGACUGGUCAAUAUGGACCGCAUCGAGAUCCUCUGGAGGCCCCUGACCGCUCAUUUACUGGAGAAGGUGUGUCAGCAUCCUAAUGCUCGUAUGAGGGAGUGGGGUGCAGAGGCCAUCACCUCGCUGAUCAAAGCAGGACUUUCCUACAAGCAUGAUCCUCCGCUGUCCCAAAACCAGAGGCUGCAGUUGCUCCUUCUAAACCCGCUGAAGGAGCUCUCGAAUGUCCUUCAUGCUGACAUCCGACAGAAACAGCUGGAGUGUGUCCUGCAGAUCCUACAGAACCAGGGAGACAGUCUGGGACCGGGAUGGCCUCUGGUUCUGGGGGUUAUUGGGGCGAUCCGCAAUGACCAGGGUGAAUCCCUCAUACGAACAGCCUUCCAGUGCCUGCAGUUAGUAGUGACCGACUUCUUGCCCACAAUGCCUUGCAUGUGCCUACAAAUUGUGGUGGAUGUAGCCGGAAGCUUUGGGCUCCAGAACCAGGAGCUUAAUAUCAGCCUGACGUCUAUCGGCCUGCUGUGGAACAUCUCAGACUACUUUUUCCAAAGGGGAGAAGCCAUUACAGAAGAGCUGGACAAGGAGGAAGCAGUUCUCUUGAAACAGGCCCAAGAUAAAGGUGAACCUCUGAACCGACCCUUUCACCCAGCGCCACCUUUUGACUGCCUAUGGUUGUGCCUGUAUGCCAAGCUGGGCGAGUUGUGUGUGGACCCACGGCCAGCUGUGAGGAAGAGCGCCGGCCAGACAAUGUUCUCCACCAUCGCUGCUCAUGGAACGCUGCUGCAACCACCAACUUGGAACAUUGUUGUUUGGAAGGUUCUGUUUCAUCUUCUGGACUGUGUAAGGAAGUCCUCCACCACGGCUGACAAAGAAAAGAUUGAAUCUGGAGGUGGGAACAUCCUCAUCCACCACUCGCGAGAUACGGCAGAGAAGCAGUGGGCAGAAACAUGGGUUCUGACACUUGCGGGCGUAGCGCGCAUCUUCAACACCAGGAGAUACCUGCUCCAGCAGCUUGGUGACUUUUUCAAGGCUUGGGAAGUUCUGUUGGACCACAUUCAAUCUGCUGCCCUCAGCAAGAACAAUGAAGUUUCCCUAGCAGCCCUUAAGAGCUUCCAGGAGAUCCUCCAACUAGUCACACCAAUUAAAGACACGGAUAAACCUGACGCUCUCUCUGCUAUAGACGUUCCUUCUGUGCUUAUGGAGUCUCUUCAAGGAUCUGGACCAGGAAGACCUCUAGUCAGAUCUGAUUCUCUUGCUGAGCGUUUAGCCCAACGCUACGCUGCACAACCUUCACUUCCGCCACCUGGAGAGGAGCUGGACGACUCGGCCCUCUGGUGGUCAGCGUGGAACACUUGGUACCGAGUAGGAACUGAGUGCACACGGCCGCCUAGUGGCGGAACCGAUAAACUAGUGUUUGUACCAAGUCAGCCUUUCCUCACGGCACUAAUACAGAUUUUCCCAGCACUCUACCAGCACAUUGCAGGAGGCUUCAGUAUGGAGGAUCUCAAGAAGUUGGGGGUGAUUCUGCACGGAGCCGUGUCGGUCCCCAUAAGCUCGGACUCCUCACCAUUUAUCUUGCCUUCCUACACUGAAGCAGUGCUCACCAGCCUGCAGGAGGCAGUCCUGACCGCACUUGAUGUCCUGCAGAAGGCAAUUUGUGUGAGUUCGGAGAAUCUCCAAGUGAUGUAUCCUGCCAUCUUUGAGCAGCUCCUGCUGUUUGUGGAGUUCUCCUGUAAGCCUCCUCAGUAUGGAAAGAUGGAGACUAAACAUGUGGCCAAUGCCAAAUACAACCAGAUCCAACUGUUUGCACCGGCGGAGUGGGUGGCCUUAAAUUACGUGCCGUUUGCGGAGCGAUCUCUGGAGGUGGUGGUGGAUCUGUAUCAUAAAACCGCCUGCCACAAAGCCGUUAUCAAUGAGAAAGUUCUGCAAAACAUCAUCAAGACUGUGAGGAUUCCUCUGGGCCUGAAAUACGCCUGUCCUGCUGAGAGCACCUGGAAACUGGCCGUCUCCUCGCUGCUCAAAGUGCUUUCCAUUGGACUCCCUGUUGCUCGGCAACAAGCAUCAUCAGGAAAAUUCGACACGAUGUGGCCGGAGCUGGCGAACGCCUUCGAGGACUUCCUGUUUACCAAGAGCACACCUCCAGAUAAUCUGUCCAUACAGGAGUUCCAGAGGAAUGAAGCUGUAGAUGUGGAGGUGGUGCAGUUGAUCAGCUCAGAGAUUUUACCAUUUGCCAAUUUCAUACCCAAAGAGUUUGUGGGCCGUAUCAUGAGCAUGCUGAAUAAAGGAUCGAUCCACUCGCAGUCUUCAUCAUUCACAGAGGCUGAGAUGGACAUGCGCAUGCGGGAGGAUUUCUCCAAAGUGUGCUUCGAGACGCUCCUGCAGUUUUCCUUCAGUAAUAAAGUGUCGACGCCGCAGGAGGGCUUUAUCUCCCGCAUGGCGCUGUCGGUGCUGCUGCAGCGGGCGCAGGACGUGCUGCGACGAUACGUGGAGGACGAGCGGCUCAGUGGACGCUGCCCGCUGCCCAGGCAACAAGUGACUGAGAUCAUCUUUGUGUUAAAAGCCAUCAGUACUCUCAUGGAUUCCCUGAAAAAGACGCAACCGGAGAACGUGGAUGGGAACGUUUGGGCUCAGGUGAUUGCGUUGUACCCAACGCUGGUUGAAUGCAUCACCUGCACAUCUCCUGAAGUCAGUUCGGCCCUUAAAGACGCCCUGGGGCCCUUUAAAGACUUCAUGCAGCCGCCCGUCUCCAAAGUGCAGAACGGCGAAUCGUGACUGAACGUUUUUACUCUACCGCGAACAUGAAUAUGACUGUUUCAUACGCCGAGCGUGAGGACACCGAUUCAGCCCCAUCGUCAUGGUAACCGUUGACUGACAGCUCCGAAAUCCCAUCUUUCUGAAGUUAAUUCUAAUAUGAGCUGACAAUAGUCUCUGAUUGGCCGACUUUAACGAUGUAUUAACUGCUAUGUUAAAUUUGCAGUGUUGUUUUUAUGGGUUUAUUUCUUGAUCUCCCCCUCCCCCCACUUCCCUCCCCAUCUGGAGUUGAUGUACAGUGUUUGGUGAUAGUGUUAAAGAUGUAAUUAAGAAACACGUAUUUGGAUUGAAAAUCAGAUCCAAAAAUCAUUUAAAAGAGAGAAUGAAAAAACUAAUCAUGAUAAUUACAUGAAGGAUGGUCUUUUUUUUGUGUGUGAAGUUUUCUCAACAGCAAUGGAUUUUAUGCAAGAUCUUACUGUAACAUUCCACGUCAUCUUUAGUCGCAUUAAGAAGGGUUGAACCUGGUGUGUGUACAAUAAUAAAUGGUACAGUUCUAUGAACAUCA